AUGUCAAAAGACUUUUUCUUUAAAAAACCUCCUGUGCUCUCUUCAUCCUUGGCCUCGGUCCCUCACAACCCCGGUGGCAGAAUCUUUAUUCCAGGACUAUAAAACUAAGACUGAGAUUCUGUCUGCUAUUGCUAGUGUCCAACUUGGUGCAAAUACUGUGGCACGGAGGGUGUGUGCACUGUCCGUGGAUGCAAUGAGACAACUGGAGUUGGACCUGAACAGGUGCUCCUGGUUUUCACUUCAAUGUGACGAGUCUGUGGAUUCCAGUGACACAGCACAACUGGCUGUUUUCACAUGGAUGGCUUUUCAUGACUUCUCCACAAAAGAAGAGUUUUUGACAUUACUUCCACUGAAAACCACCACCAAGGGAGUGGAUAUUUACAACGCCGUGAAGGAAUACUUGGUGGAAAAAAAGGUUCCCAUUGAAAAAGUGGUCUCGAUAACAACUGAUGGAGCACCAGCUAUGACAGGUCGUCACAUGGGAUUUAUUGCUCAUUGCAAAGCAGACCCAGACUUUCCUAAAUGUCUGAACUAUCAUUGCAUCAUUCACCAGCAGGCUAUUUGUGGAAAGGUCCUGGGGUUUGAUCAUGUCAUGACACCUGUUGUUAAAACCAUCAACUCCAUACGUGCAAAGGCCAAGCAACACCGGAGCUUCAAGCUUUUCCUGGAGGAAUGUUCUGCAGAAUAUGGAGAUCUGCUCCUUCACACUGAAGUCAGAUGGCUGAGCAGAGGUAAGAUACUACAACGCUUUCUUUCCUUGCUUGGAGACAUCAAGGCUUUCAUGGAAAUGAGAGGAGAGGAUGCCUCAUUACUAAGUGAUGCUGAGUGGCUGCUAGAUCUGGCCUUCCUGGCCGAUGUGACUGAAAAAACGAAUCAACUGAACCAGCACUUGCAAGGUAGAGAAAAAAAUGUAUGUGACAUGAUCAGUGCUGUGAAGGCAUCUCGUAUUACAUCCAGCAAAUCAAAAACAAAAGAUUUCAACACGUUCCGUCAGUUGCAAAGAUGCUGGACAGCAAAACAGGAGCAGAAAAAGUGUUGA